AUUGUAUUUACAUAAGAUAAUUUUUUUUUAAUUGUGUUAGUUUCUUUGUACCGACUUUAUUUAUUGUGUGUUGUAAUGUCAAAUAGUGAAGAUCAAAAACGAUUUCCAGAAGGCUUUCUGUUCGGGACUGCAUCAAGUGCAUACCAAAUAGAAGGUGGAUAUAAUGCUGAUGGUAAGGGCGAAAGUGUCUAUGACUAUUAUACUCAUAAAAGACCUGAAAAGUUCCACAAUGGCAGUAACGGUGACGUCGCUUGUGAUUCGUACCACAAAUGGCAUGAAGAUGUAAAAAUUCUAAAAGACUUGGGCGUAAACUUUUACAGGUUUUCCAUUUCAUGGUCUAGAAUUCUACCCACUGGCUACUCAAAUAAAAUCAACGAGGAGGGUGUUAAGUACUAUGAGAAUCUCAUCGAUGGACUAUUGAAAAAUGGUAUUGAACCAAUGGUAACGCUGUACCACUGGGACCUACCCAUGCCUAUACAAGAGCUAGGUGGAUGGACCAACAUAAAAACCGCGGAAUAUUUUGAAGACUACGCUAGAAUAGUAUUCGAGCGUUUUGGAAAUAAAGUUAAAUAUUGGAUCACCUUUAAUACGACUUUGAUGGGCUAUGCUGAUUCAGAAUUUCCUCCUUUCAUUAAUCAACCAGGCAUAAGUAGCUAUAUGUGUACCUACGUUACUCUUCUGGCACAUGCUAGAGUCUUCAGGAUCUACCAAAAUGAGUUUAAACAAUAUAAAGGACAAGUCGGUAUUGUAGUAGAUGCCCGCUGGUAUCAACCAGGCAGUGAUUCAAAUAAAGAUGCCGAAGCUGCCAAUAGAGUACUAGAAUUUGAGAUCGGUAUUUGGCUGCAUCCUCUCCUCAGUCCAAAAGGAGACUUCCCUGAAAUAGUUAAAGAAAGAGUCGCAGCCGUAUCCAGCGCUGAAGGCUACCGGCAAUCACGAUUGCCAAAGUUUUCCGCAACAGAUAUAAAUCUUCUUAAGGGGAGCGUUGAUUUUGUUGGUCUAAAUCUGUACACGUCACAUUUGGUAGAACAUGUGGAAGAUGAGCAUUUUAAGGACACGUCAACUAUAAGAGAUGAAGGGGCUAGAUUGUACCAAGAUGCAUCUUGGAAAGGUUCCAAGUCAACUUGGUUAAAGGUUCAUCCAGAGGGAGCAAGAAAAAUAUUAAACUGGGUGAAAGAAAAGUACAAUAAUCCUGUAGUUUUUAUAACGGAAAAUGGAUUUUCUGACGAUGGAGAGAUAGAAGAUAACGGUAGAAUUGAAUAUCUGCAGGGAUAUUUAACCAACAUACUGCAGGCUAUUCAUGAAGAUAAAGUAGACGUUAAAGGAUAUGCAGUCUGGAGUUUGUUAGAUAAUUUCGAAUGGGCGUCUGGAUACAGUGAAAAAUUUGGUUUAUAUCAAGUGGAUUUCAAUGAUCCUGGCAGAAAAAGGUAUCCUAAGAAGUCUGCGCUGUGGUACAAGAAUGUGAUAAAAAACAAACAGUUACCUUAACCAUAGUAAUCAUUUGUAUUUGUGUUUUGUUUUUAAAUAAAAGAAAUUUUAACAUGAAUAAAAUCGAUUAAAACA